AUGUCUGUGGGCGGAGGCCUGAGGAAGAGGAGGAGGAAGAGGAGGCUCCAGCCUUCCUCCAGGCCCGCUCCCACAACUCUUCAAGCAAACUUUCCUCCAAUGUUUCCGUGAGACAAAAACUGCGACGCUUCGCGUGGCGCGGGAGCAAAGACACGCAGCGGGUCCCCGCGGGGCUGCGGGGCCCGCGGAGGGACGGCGGCAUGUGGAGGAGAUCCGCAGCCGCCUGGAUGUGACUCCGAGGAGGAUGGAGGGAGGAACAGAGCCAGCAGAGGAGGAGAAGGAGAAGGAUCCUAAUCACAUCCCAGUGGAACACCAGGAGUUUCCCAUCAUGCACUGGGAGGAGCUGAGCCAGCGGAUCGCUGAGCUGGAGAAGCAGGAGCAGGAGAGGAGGGAGAAGAGGAGGACGGGUCUGAGGACGGAGAACGUCUGGGAGGAAGAGGAGGAAGACGGCAGGAGGGGACGAGUCGCCGUCUCCACGUCACGGCUGAACCACCGGAACCUGCAGCUCUGCUUCAUUAACAACAGCGACAGCGAGGAUGAUGAUGAGGAGGAAGGAGCUGAGAGGAAGGUUCCCAUGGGAGCAGGACACAAUGGUUGCCAUGGCAGCGGGUUGAAACAGGAAGUGGCAGCAGCUCUGAGAGCGCUGAGAGACGAUCUGCUGGCUGAGCAGAGGCAGCAGGAGAGCCAGGCCAGCUGCAGUGGUGUCGCCCAGCGGAAACAUCUGGAGCACAGAGAGCUGCAGGAUCUGAGCGAGACGCAGCUGAUCGGCCUGCGGGGGGCGCUGCAGCAGGAGGUCCACGCGCUGAGCGCAGAGCUGGUGGCCCAACUGCUGGUCCGGGACCAGCUGAGGACCAAGCAGGACGCCAUGCUGCUGGACGUCCAGGACCUGACCUGACUCCAGAACCAGAACCGGGCCGAGCUGCUGUCGGGUCAGGACGCUGCUCUCCGUCCCGGGGAAAACCAACGGACCAAGGUCCAAAAGAACCACCUGGAAGGGCUGGA